AUGAAUCCUGAGAGAAACCAAGAUAUUCUCGAGCUCUAUUCUCAGGAAAUCUUUGUUAAAGCUAUCAAAGAUGGCGAACAAUUUCUCGAGAACAAUUUGCCGAUUGAUGGUGAUCAAAAAGACCGUCUUCUCACCAAAGUUCUCGAAGGAGAGAAAAAGUUCGAGGACAAUCGAAAGAAGAUGGAGGGUCUGAAGAAAGAACAAGCGGAAUUGAAAGCUAAACUCGUCGACAGCGAUCUGGAAAUGUUGGAGAAGCUGAGAGCUGAACGCGAUGAGUUGCAGAGAAAACAUCAGGCUGAUAAUAACGAAACUAUCACUAGCCAAAAAUCGAUCGAUGAGAUUCUUCGAAUGAAACAGGAAACUGCGAAGAUGCGUGAAAUUAUUCAGGAGUUGGAAACGGAAACCAAACAACAGCUCUGCUAA